CUUGCAAAAGCAAAACGAUUGAGCUCCUCAUGUAUAAGUAUCCAGCAUGUCAACUCAUUGAAUCCGACUUUUUGUUUUCGAGCAUCAUUCGCAUCAGUUUAUCUUGGUGUAAACGACCUGCUAUUAGUUCUGAACACACAGCAAAGAGCUUGCAACGCAGUCCCGACACAAUGUCUUCCGAGUCCAACGAGUACGUUUCGCGUCAGGGCGACAAGUCUGAAAUCCCCGUGCAAGCCGACGACUCCAAGGUCGAAGAUCCCAUUGAUGAAACCACGGCCAACUCCGAUGCACAGCUCGAACGUGAUGACGCUGAAGCCAUCGACAAGAGUAACAUAAUCAAGGAUCGCACUCGCCAUGCCGAGCCUCAGGCAGGAUAUCGCGAGCCAGGAGAUAAUGAGGGCAUUCCCACUGAUGACUAGAUUCAGAGAUGACACUAAGAAGUAUAGUGGCAAUUGUAUGAUAUUGUUUACAUAUAUUAUAAUUCAACGAUG